GCUCCCUACCUUCCCUCAUUCCCUCGUUCAACCUAAAUGGGUAGGCUGUACCACCUCGACCACGCUAUUGGUCCUGCACGUUGAGGUAGUCCCUGCAUUUCCCCGCAACCUCAAGCUCCUCCACAUCUCAAUCCGGAGCUAGCGCUUGGGAUGACUAUUCCGAGAUGUCUCGGUCGGGUUCGCUCAGAGAGGAUCACGCUGGUAAACUUAAAGGGUAUAGAAUGCUGAUGUGGUCCUUCUCAUAGUCGGAAAUUGCUUGGUGACUUUCACUUUAAAUUGAGCUGCAUUUCUGCUUGUCGGACUGAUCAUUUCUCGGCUUUCACUCUUUUCCCAAGUCCCACUAAAGAGACUGACGAAAUCAGUCAAUAUGGCACCUGGAGCUCUCAUCGACUCAAAAACCCCAUCGGGCCUACCAAUCUCUCCAAAAAAUGUCGUCAGUGCCCGAGAACUGGUUGAAGCAGAGAAGGACUCGCACGAUAUAGUCCUCAAGACCUUUCGUCUCCUAAUCGCAGACCUAUGUCAGCAAUUCAAAGGCGGGCAUCCGGGAGGAUCUAUCGGCAUGGCCGCCAUUGGCGUCGCCCUAUGGAAAUACACGAUGCGCUACGCCCCGCAUACGCCCAGCUACUUCAACCGUGAUCGCUUCGUCCUCUCUAACGGGCACACCUGCCUCUUCCAAUACACCUUCCUGCACCUAGCCGGGUACCGCGCCAUGACGUUCGACCAGCUGAAAUCGUACCACUCAUCUCGCUGGGACGCCCUAUGCCCAGGCCACCCGGAAAUCGAGCAUGAGGGGAUCGAAGUCACCACGGGACCUCUGGGACAGGGGAUCGCCAACGCGGUGGGACUGGCCAUGGCGACAAAACAUCUUGCUGCGAGCUUCAAUCGGCCUGGGUUUGAGGUCGUGGGGAAUCAAACUUGGUGUAUGAUUGGAGAUGCGUGUUUGCAGGAGGGAGUGGGGAUGGAGGCUAUUUCGCUGGCGGGGCAUUUUGGGCUGGGGAAUCUGACCGUGAUUUAUGAUAAUAACCAGAUUACAUGUGAUGGGUCCGUUGAUUUGACAAACACAGAAAACGUAAACGCCAAAAUGUCCGCGUGCGGCUGGAACGUAGUCGACAUCGCAAACGGAUGCUUCGACAUCGCUGGCCUAGUCAACGCCCUCGAGGCGUCCAGGAACUCAGACAAGCCGACGUUUAUCAACGUCCGAACCGUCAUCGGAAUCGGCAGUAAAGUCGAAGGAACAGCCGUAGCCCACGGCGUCGCCUUCGGUGCAGAGGACGUGGCCACCAUGAAGAAAUCGAAUGGAUUCAAUCCCGAAGAACACUUCGUCGUCGGGCAGGAGACACGGGAUUUCUUCGCUGGACUCCCGAGCAGAGGCGAAAUGUACGUGGAAGCGUGGGAGCAGCUGGUGGACGACUAUGAGAAAGAGUACCCUGAGCUAGGGGCCAAGUUCCGCAGUAGGAUGAAGGGCGAGCUGAAAGGGUGGGAGGAGUUGAUCCCCAAGUCGUUCCCCGAGAAACCGACUGCGACUCGGGCUUCGUCUGGCUUAGUUUUCAACCCCAUUGCCAAGGAACUGGAUAGUUUCAUGGUUGGGACGGCGGAUUUGUCGCCGUCUGUGAAUAUGAGUUGGCCGGGCAUGGUGGAUUUCCAGCAUCCAGAUCGUCGUCCCUCCUGCGGCAUCAACGGCAACUACGGCGGCCGCUACAUCCACUAUGGUGUCCGCGAACACGCCAUGUGCGCUGUCGCCAAUGGCCUCGCCGCCUUCUCGCCAGGCACGAUCGUCCCCGUGACAUCCUCGUUCUUCAUGUUUUACCUAUAUGCCGCACCAGCCGUACGGAUGGGGGCCCUCCAAAACCUCCAAGUCCUCCACGCCGCAACCCACGACAGCAUCGGCAUGGGCGAAGACGGCCCCACCCACCAACCCAUCGAACUAUCCACCCUCUACCGUUCCAUGCCGAACCUGCUGUAUAUCCGCCCCGGCGACAGCGAAGAAACGGCGGGUGCCUGGACCGCCGCCAUCUCCGCGCGCAACACGCCGAGUAUAAUCUCCACCUCCCGGCAUACCCUCCCGCAACUCCCCUCUACAUCCCGCCAGGGAGUCCUCAAAGGUGCCUAUGUUCUACAGGAAAACGAAGCCGCCACCUUGACAUUAAUCGGCGUCGGGGCGGAAUUAUCGCACGCUGUUGGAGUAGCUAAGAGAUUAAAGGAGGAAAAAGGGCUUGAAGCUAGGGUGGUCAGUUUCCCGUGCCAGCGGCUGUUCGAGAGACAGGCAGUGGAGUAUAAGAGAGAUGUAUUGAGACGGCAUCGGAUGCCGGCGGUGGUGUUGGAGCCGUAUGCGCCGAACGGAUGGGAGAGGUAUGCCGAUGCGGCCUGUUGCGUGACGAGGUUCGGACACAGCCUGCCGGGGCCCGAGGCGUAUAAGUAUUUUGGAUUUGAUGUUGAGUCGUUAACGGCGAAGGUUUUGGGGUACUUGAACAGGGUUGAAAGGGAUGAGAUGUUGAGGAGGGAAUUUGUUGAGCUGUGAGUGAGUGAGGUUGUGUGUUGUAUGCAAAGACAAGUGUGGUAAAUACGGGUUCGUUCUGUGGCGUCAAUAGGAAGAAUUCAUUCUCUGAUAUUUAGUCGAAUAAGCAUGCACCUGGGAGAUGAACAAAAACAUCAGGUAUUUAACGAAAGAAUCGG